AUGGCGUCAACGUCCGCCCUCCCCCAACCGUCACGGCCAGCCGCCAACCCGCCGACCGUGGCCUUGCCCCCUCUUCCCAAUCCUAAACCGAGAAAGAGCAUCCCAGCCGGCGAUACAUCACGAUCGGCCUCACCAUAUCAACAACUCUCCAAAUUGCGCACGCCGUCGAGCCCCAAACCUUCCGCAGCCCGAUCCCCGCUAUCCAAUUCGAAUUCCACCUCAAAUCUCAGCGCCAUUCGAUCAGCAUCCAACGGACGCGCGCCAAGUAGUCCGGACAAACCCUUGCGCCGGACAAUCAGCAUCGCCUCAUUUCCACAGCCGCCCAAGGCCGGAGGAAGUCGCCCCUCAACAGCCUCAUCCUUGUCGGGGAUCCCCGCAAACCCGGCCGGCAGUGCCAAGCCUAAAAGAAGCUCACGACUCAGCACGGGAACCACCAGCAGCUACCGGAGCUCUAAAACUCCGUCACUGUUGAAUGGAAGCGGAGAUGGGAAAUCCAUCCUGGCAGACGCGCGAGAUCCAGAGGGGUCUCCGGGCCAUAGCAGAAGCUCGUCCGCGCAAGGUUCCUGUUCAACCAGUGCGACAACCUUUGAAGAUGCGGAGGAUGCCGGUGGCAAGUUGACCUCCAAACCCAAGGAGACCAAGGGCAACGUCAUUGUCAGCGUGCGUGUUCGACCCGAUAAUAACCAGGGAGGCGAGACCCCAAGAAACCAUGGCGAGUGGUCAGUGGAUGGACGACAGAGUUUGAUCUCACAUCGAGGGAAAGAUGGAGGAGACUACUAUUAUGAUAAUGUUUUCGCGGCUCAUGACAACAAUGCCAAGGUGUACGACUCCGGGGCCAAACGCCUUGUCCGACGGGUCAUGGAGGGGUACCAUGGAACGGUGUUUGCCUACGGUAUGACAGGAACCGGUAAAACCUUCUCCAUGCAAGGUACUGCCACCUCUCCAGGUGUGAUCCCCCUCGCCAUCACAGAUAUCUUCUCCUUCAUUCGCGAAACCCCCCAUCGAGAAUUCCUCCUUCGAGUCAGCUAUCUGGAAAUCUAUAACGAAAAGAUCCAUGACCUUCUCUCCGCUUCGACCACCAAUGGUCCGGCCGCGCCUCAAGAAGAGAUCAAACUCCGCGAGGAUAGCAAACGCGGCGUAUAUGCCACCCCGCUCAAGGAAGAAAUCGUGCAGAGUCCAACACAACUUCUCCGAGUAAUUGCAAGAGGAGAUCAUGCUAGAAGGACGAGCAGUACGCAGUUCAACGCGCGGAGUUCUCGCAGUCACGCGGUCGUUCAGAUUGUGGUGGAGAGUCGCGAGCGAGUGCCAGCGGGCAAUUCGCAGGACAAACGCUCUGGGAUCGCUCCUGGUGGCGUCCGGGUGUCGACACUGAGCUUGAUUGAUCUUGCUGGCUCCGAGCGCGCCGCCGAUGACAAGGAACGCCGAACCGAGGGAGCCCAUAUCAACAAGAGUUUACUCACGCUCGGUAACAUCAUCUCCAAGCUUUCUGAUGCCAAGGAUAAGCAAGGAAACCCAAUGGACAAGGAAGGCCGCCAUCUGCCCUACCGGGACAGCAAGUUGACACGGCUCCUUCAACCAGCUUUGUCGGGCAAUUCCCUAGUGAGCAUUCUCUGUACGAUUCAGCUGGUCUCCGGUGUGAAUGCGCAUUCUGGGGAAACUCUCAAUACGUUGAAAUUCGCCGCGCGAGCGAAGAAUAAUAUCGUCAGCCACGCACAAAAGGCAGAGGAGGCUUACGGGGCCGGUGGGGCCGACUCUGGCAGUCGAGUUUUACUAGAGCGAUAUCGCGUGGAAAUUCAAGCCCUCCGUGGCCAACUCGAUAUCCAGGCCAAGGCCCAAGCGGAGAAAGAGCUGAAGUGGGAUGAGCAGCAAUUUGAGAAGGAGGCUCAGGCGCGCCAUGAGGAACAGGUCUUGGAGAUGCAGUUGGCCCGGACGGCUCUAAAGGAGCGCAUUGAACAUCUUAAUCGGCUGAUCCUGAGCUCCAAGUCCACUGGGGUCAACAAUCAUGGCAGCCUAACUUCUGCAUUUGGUCGUCUGUCACGUAUGUCCGCUGCGGAAUCGGGCACCCGCUCACUGCGGUCGUCCGCCAGUCAAUCUACGCUGGGUGCCGGUCAUUCAUCCAUCAGACCAAUGUCUUUCAUGUCAGUCAACAGCAGUGAUCCUACGGGGCUCAUGCCAUUCCCAGGUGCAUCAUUUGGAAAUGAAGAUGAAGACGACAUGGGCGAAUUUGGCGACGGUAAAGCGAGUCUGCAACGGCAGGUUAUCGCAUUGCAGGCCGACCUGGGUGACAAGAAUCGAUAUAUCUCCACUCUGGAGCGCCGGCUGCUGCAGGCGCGACGUUCUAGUCAUUCUAGGAUGUCAGUUGGGGUCAAAUCCACCAACUCGACAAUUGCAGAGCAUCCGGACCUGAUGGCCUUGCUCCGCGAGAGGGACAUGGAGAUCAACGAACUACGCAUUCAGCUUGAUGAUAAGGAUCGAAUGCUGGCUGCCCUUCGGUCUGCCGCCCGACACCGUGACCUGGCUGCCGUGACGAACGACGCACCGUCGCCCGAACUGAAAGGCAAAGAAGAGUUGGCCGCCUCCGGUGGCAACAGCCCAUUGGGGACCAACGGCGUUGUCGAUAAGCUCGCCAGCCCACCGUGUCCCGUUCUUCCUGGGAGAAAUGAAAAGGACGAUGAUCGGAGGAAAAACAUGGACGAAGUAUCCAGAAUGCUGGAUGAAAUGAUUCAGGGCCGGGUUGAAAGUGGCCAUGGUCAUCUUGAGAAAAGCCCCAUGGGACAUCUCAAAAGGGCCUCCAAUGAUAGUCGCCGAGUAUCGAUGUCGGCUGAAGUGCCCGGCUUGAACCCUACGGGGCCUGCUCCAAAGGACGGGAACCCCAGUUCUCCCCCAAGUUAA